AUCCCACCAACACUCUCUCUCUCAAACUCUCUCCCAAACUUCGAUCUAAACACAAUGAAAACUACAAUUCAAGAACAAGUUCUUGGAGCUCAAAUGAAAUCCUUGGCUCUUGCUCGAGCCAGAUUCUUGGCUGAUCCCUCCAAGCAUCUCCACAUAUCUUCUUCAGAUGAUGGGUCUCAAUCAAUCAAGAAAUAUAAUGGCAAAGAUUGGAUCUUGAAUAGACUCCACAAAAAUGGGAGAAAAACCGACAAUAUCAUCCAUGCACUCCGACAACAUGUGAAAUUAGGAGCGAAGAUCACAGAAACAGUGAAGGGAAAGUUGAGCUUAGGAGCAAGAAUUGUAAGAGUUGGAGGGGUGAGGAAGAUCUACAAGAAGCUAUUCACAGUGAGUGAAGGAGAGAAGCUUUUGAAGGCAUCACAAUGCUAUUUGUCAACAACAGCUGGGCCUAUGGCUGGCCUUCUCUUCAUUUCCACUCAUAACAUUGCGUUUUGUAGUGACAAAUCCAUCAAACUCUCUUCCCCAAAUGGCGAAGAACACGUUAGAAUUCACUAUAAAGUUACAAUUCCCUUAGGGAAAAUAAGAAGAGUUUUUGAGAGUGAAAAUGUGAAGAAUCCAUGGGAGAAGUACAUAGAGAUGGUGACAGUGGAUGAUUUUGAGUUUUGGUUCAUGGGGUUCUUGAAUUAUCACAAGACUUUCAACUGUCUUCAAGAAGCUCUUUCUCAAGCUUAGAGAAAUUGAUUUUGAAUUGAAGAUAUGUGUAAAGUUAGGGAAGUUUUUGAAGCAAAUUCAAUAUUUAAAUUUGUCUUCGAAGAACCCAAGUUUUUAUUAAAUGGAUUGAGAUGUGUUCAUGGGGUUUA